AUGUCCAGACGGUAUGAAUACAACAGAAAGAGAAUAGGCACAAUAGCAUGCCUACCGCAAAGCAUAUAUUAUUUGACUCAAUUCGGAUCUUUUCUCUUCGCCUCCUGGUACUUCACUGUUGAACAUGCGUACGAAUCUGCGUUGCUGGGCACCAGCCAAAAUACGAUCAAUCCAAUCGACCUGUUAAUAUUCUGUGAGGGAAAGUCUUGCUCUUUCUUGCCGAAACAGUGCAUAGAAUUUGAUGGAAAUUCGUCAGGAAGACCACCAACUUGUUACUACUUCCCGAUCGCUACGUUCAAAGCCCAGUACCCAUACUUGAACAGCUACUGCUUUUUGUCCCACAAAGACAUUCUUUCUUUACCAAAGUAUUACACGUAUUUGAUGAGAACAGAUAUGGACGUGUUUCUGACUCCGGCUCUGCUGAAAUGGACACCACGUUUUAAGAUAGUCACCGGCAUGGGAGGAUAUUCAGAUAAAUUUAAUCAAAAACGGCUUGUAGAGAUGGCACACAGGUACAAUUUGAGGCACCAGAGGGUUCAUAACUUGGGUUCUACUUGGUUUGGUGAUGCAUCACUUCUGUUGCAGGUCAGCAACCUCAGUUUAUACUUGAGCAAAAGGAUCUACGAAACGGAAUUCGACGCGAAACGGUUUCCAGAAAUAGCCACAUUCAUGAACCACUCUCCAAAAGGAAAAUGGACGGAAUGGUGGCGACCAGUGUCCACAAUGUACGGCCAGGAACUGGCGUUGAAUCACCUGGUCGACAACAUAAAUAACAGCUACAUUGGGAGCCGAAUGUUCGACAUUCCGUCGUGUGGAUCGAUCAACGCCUUACAACAACCUCAUAUCCACACGUGGCAUAUGUUAUGCGAGUUCAACAAGUUUACCUUCUUGAAUGCCGUCGCGAAGAAAUUAAAACAGGGCCAGUAUCCGUUGGUUCCACCAGCGUUCGAAGGCGAUCGCAUGGCCGCGUGCUUGUCCGUAAGACAGUAUUGCACUUAUAUCGCUUGGAACUCGUUGGUCCGUCAUUCGGACUGGGCCAACAGCUUAAGGAAUUUUUGA